AUGUUUAAUACACCUUCCUUUCAAAUAAUUGUUGAGAGAGAUAAUAUAAUAAUGCAUGGUGCACCACAAGAAAGCGCGGGUAAUGUCUUAAGAGGAAAAUUGGUCUUAGAACUUAGUGAAGUAACGAAAAUCAAAUCAAUUAAAUUGACAUUUCAAGGAAAAUCCAAGGUUGUCUGGCAUGGAGAUUCUUUAUCACCAUUUCAAAGCGAAGAAAAGAUUGUAUUUCAACAUGAGUGGGUAUUCCUUGAACCCAAAAAGUAUCACAUUCUUGAAUCUGGUAAACAUUACUACGAUUUCGAAGUUAUUCUACCUGGCUCAUUACCUGAAACUGUUGAAGGAUGUGAACAAGGAUCUAUUGAAUACAAAUUAAAGGCGGUUGCAGAAAGACAUUUGGCUUUAAACUUGAACGCACGACAAAAAAUAACACUUCAACGCUGUACACUCUUAAACUUGGAAGAUGCCUUAGAUACAGUGGUAUCAAAUUUAUGGACUGAUAAAGUUAUUUACGAUCUUUCAGUUGAUUCAAAAACCUUUACAUUGGAUGAUGAAAUAUCAUUUUCAAUCGAUCUUACACCUUUGAAUGAAUCAAUAAGGAUUCAUGAAUAUGUUACUUCACUUAGCGAAUCUGUUUCUUACAACAUUGGUACUAAGAAAAGAGCAUCAACAAGAGCUGUUAGCACCGUAAAAGGCAACAAGCUCAAUUGGAAUGGAGAACGUUGGUCUGAUUUAAUAAAAAUAAGAAUACCUAAAACAAAAAAUGCAUGUCUAUAUGAUACUGAUAAUUCUAUUAUUCAAAUAUCUCAUCAAUUAAGAUUAAGCAUAGUUUUUAUGGUUUACGAAUCCCGACUUGUUGAAUUACGAGCCACAUUACCGAUUAUAAUUACACUAAAAAAAGAUGAUAUGGAAUUACCUGCUUAUAGGGAACAUGAUCCUUAUACCUUUCAUUUACAUGGAAUCAGUGAUCAUAUUGAAAAUAUAGACUUUCCAUUACCUUCUUAUAAUAGCAUCAUUACCGAUGUACCCCCUUACAAAAUGGAACUGACAUCAUAUCCAAUUCAUGUUAUAUGA